CAAGCCACUGACCACUCCUGACACCAUGAGCUACUACGGCAGCUACUACAGAGGCCUGGUCUACAGCUAUGGAGGCUUCGGUGGCCUGGGCAAUCGUUAUGGCUGUGGCUGUGGCAGCUUCCGCAGACUGGGCCAUGGCUGUGGCUAUAGAGGAUUUGGCUCUGGCUUUGGAGGCUAUGGAUAUGGUGGCCACCGUCCAUCUUUCCAUGGUGGAUAUGGAUUCUCCAGGUUCUAUUGAACUACUGCUCAGUAACCAAACAAACAAAAUUAUAAGGGGACUUUUCAACUCUGGCCUUAAUUAUUGGACAACUCUGCUGGGACUAUUAAAUAAAAGUGCUUGGCAUGUCCGAAUUUCAGAGGAUUCUUUAACUUUCCAUUUCUCUGUCACAAUCCUGGAAUCCUUUACUUUUGUUUGUAUUACCGAUUGGAUUAUUGGUUACCUUCUAAUAAAAUCUCCUAACUUCAAAACGAAAUGUGGUUUUUGUUUUGAUUAUGAAAAUCAAUUAUGUGCAUGUGAU